CUUGUAGUACUACGAGUGCGGCUAGGGUUUGUACGUCCUCACACACUUCUUCUCCCCGCUUCGUCUCCACCCUCACACCGCCGCCGCCGCCGCCGCCGAAAUCGUAGCCUCCCGCGCCUGGACCUCGGCUGAGCGAUGGCCAUGAAAUCUGGCAGGCGAGUCUUGUAGCCAGAAGGGUCAGUUCCCCAGUCCCCAGUCCCCACCCACUAGUACGCCAGCGCAGUGUGACCUUUGCCGCCACCGUCUCCAUGGCGACCGUCAACCCCUUUGACAUCCUGGGCGCCGUCGACAACGACGACCCCGCGCAGCUGCUGGCCGCUGCCGCGGUUGCGAAGCAAAAGGCCGAGGCCAAGAAGUCGGCGGCGGUGACCGCCGGAAAGGGCGCGCAGCCAGCCCCCGCCAAGUUGCCAACCAAGCCUGCUCCACCUGCGCAGGCCGUGAGGGACUCUCGCAGUGGUGGUGCACCCUCCCGUGGUGGAUUCGGGCGCGGUGAACGUGGCCGUGGCAGAGGUGGGCGAGGGUACGGUCAGAACCGUGAGUUCGGCAGCGAAGGUGCGAAUGGGUUUCAGGGAGGAUACGGUGCUGGAGGUGGUGCCAGAGCUGGAGGUGAAGAAGGCGCCCAGGACAGGGAGAGGGGCCCUCGGCCACCCUACCAUGGAGGCGGAGGCCGGCGGGGUGGGUACCAUGAGUUUGGUGAUGACUCUGAAAGGUCGCCUCGGAGGACCUAUGAGCGCCAUAGCGGUACUGGCCGUGGGUAUGAAAUGAAGCGCGAGGGUGCAGGCCGUGGGAACUGGGGAACUACCAGUGAUGAAAUUCUUGCACAGGAAACUGAGGAAGGCCUGAAGCUGGAUGAGAAGGCCCCUGUUCCUGAGAAGCAGGGUGCACUGGAGGAUGCUCCAGAGGCAGAGAACAAGGAUAACAAGGAUGCCACUAUGAAUGAGGAAGAAGAGAAGGAAGAGGAUAAGGAGAUGACUCUUGAGGAGUUUGAGAAAAUCAGGGAGGAAAAGAGGAAGGCACUUCUUGCCUUAAAGACUGAAGAGAGGAAGGUUGAAGUUGAUAAGGAUCUGCAGUCUAUGCAGCCACUUUCCACCAAGAAAGGAAACGAUGAUGUUUUCAUUAAAUCGGGUUCUGAUAAGGAUGCUCUGAAGAAGAAAGAAAACGCUGAACGCGAUGAGCGUGCUAAGAAGUCUCUGAGCAUCAAUGAGUUCUUGAAACCUGCUGAAGGAGAAAGGUACUAUGGUGGCCGUGGUCGCGGCAGGGGACGUGGAGACCGAGGGGGGUUCAGAGGGGGAUAUGGUGGGGGUAACCGUGCUCCACCGGCUGCUCCUGCAAUUCAAGACCAAGCCGAAUUUCCGUCGCUCGGUGGGAAGUGAAACCACAUCUACUGCGUCAAAACACCAUAUCAUCUUGCUCCACGCAAAAAAAACACCAUAUCAUCUUUGCUGUCAACAUCGAGUUUUGUUCAUCCGUAAAAUACUGUGUCAGACAUACUGGUGUUGUUUGUUGUUUAUUCUCCACUGUGUCAGUCGACUUUGUAUAUCAGAGUUGCUUGUCAGAAUUUUGUAGGCUAUUAUCAAAACCCUUAAUCUCGCCAUCUGGGCAUUUCUCACAA